CAUGUCCACGCACUUGUGGAAGCCACAACAUGACGGGCCCGGCUGCCCGUGCCUCCUCUCAUCCUCGCAUCUCCGGCGUGUUGUAAAUGGGCGGAGCUACAGAGCGAGGAAGAGAUGCGAGUGAGGAAGAAGCACAAAUAACCAAAUGACAGGAAGCAUUUACACUAAUUUCACAGACAGCCACGAGCCCCGGUAGAACAAACAGACACGCGCGCUGAGGGCGAACAUUGGAAUUAAACAAAAGCCUAAUUUCCCCCGCAUCCUCGGAGCAGAGGAAAUCGCCUGCCUCCGCCCCUUGUGACCUACAAGUAAACAGAUGGAGAAACAGGCCGGAGCUGCCGGGGCGGCGGACGGAGCAGGGCCGAACAGAAAGCCCUGGGGCUCCCCGACCAGUGCACCAUCCGCCGGGGAAACCCUGGACAGUCCAACAGGUUCCCAUGUAGAGUGGUGUAAACAGUUGAUAGCAGCCACCAUCUCCAGUCAGAUCUCAGGAUCGGUCCCACCUGACAUUGUGAACAGGGACAACAAGGCCAGAAGAAGACCAGAUCUCAUGCAAGAUUCACAAGAUGAAGGGCUUUGUUACCAUGGAGAAAGUGAUUCUGAGCAUCCUUCCAAUGCUUUGAACCUUCCAGCUUUGAGAUACGGGGCGCAGGCCACAAUGUUUCAGAAUCAGGUUCCUCUGCUACCAGGAGAGACUAUUCAGACCACAGUCAAGGAUGUAAUGUAUAUCUGUCCGUUCAGUGGUCUGGUUAAUGGAACCCUGACCAUCACAGACUACAAGCUCUACUUCUCCAGUGUGGAAAGGGAGUCUCCGUUUGUUCUUGAUGUGAACCUGGGAGUCAUCAGCAGACUGGAGACCAUCAGCGUUCCCAACCAGGGAGAGAACACCAAAGGACUGGAGCUGGUCUGCAAGGACAUGAGGAGUCCCAGGUUUGCUUAUAAGACAGAGGAGAGCCAUCCAGAUGUGGUGGAGCUGCUGGCCAAACAUGCCUUCCCCCUCUCCCACGGCCUGCCCAUGUUUGCCUUCUUGUACAAAGAGCAGUUUCCUGUGGAUGGCUGGAAGGUGUAUGACCCAACAGCAGAGUACAGGCGCCAGGGUCUCCCUAAUGAGAGCUGGACCAUCAGCAAGAUGAACAGCACCUACGAGCUCUGUGACACCUAUCCCUCCGUCGUGGUCAUCCCCACCAACAUCACAGAUGAAGACAUCAGACGGGUGGCUGUGUUUAGAGCCAAGCAUCGCAUACCGGUCUUGUCCUGGAUUCACCCAGAGUCUCAGGCCACCAUCAUACGCUGUAGCCAGCCGUUAGUCGGACCUUCAGACCGUCGCUGUAAAGAGGAUGAACGCUUCCUCCAAAUCAUCAUGGAUGCCAACGCCCAGUCCCACAAGCUCACCAUAUUUGACGCCCGGCAGAAUAGUGUAGCAGACACCAACAAGGCAAAGGAUGGAGGGUAUGAAAGUGAGAGUUUUUAUUCAAACGUGGAGUUGAACUUCCUGGAAAUCCCCAACAUCCAUGUGAUGAGGGAGUCUCUGAGGAAGAUGAAGGAUGUGGUUUAUCCCACCAUAGAUGAAGCCCACUGGCACUCUGCUAUUGACCAAACACACUGGCUGGAGUACAUACGGCUACUAUUAGCAGGAGCAGCAAAGAUAGCUGAUAAGCUAGAGUCUGGGAAGACGUCGGUGGUGGUUCACUGCAGUGAUGGCUGGGACCGGACGGCUCAGCUCACCUCGCUGGCUAUGCUGAUGCUCGACAGUCACUACCGCACUCUCAGAGGAUUCCAGGUUCUGGUGGAGAAGGAGUGGGUUAGCUUUGGACACAAGUUUGCUGCUCGCGUGGGUCACGGUGAUGAGAACCAUGCUAACUCAGAACGCUCGCCUCUCUUCGUCCAGUUCAUCGACUGUGUUUGGCAAAUGACUCGCCAGUUCCCAUCAGCCUUUGAGUUCAAUGAGUUGUUCCUGAUCACAGUGCUGGACCACCUCUACAGCUGUCUGUUUGGUACAUUCCUUUAUAACAGUGAACAGGAGAGGGCAUCCAAGGAGGUACAGACCAAGACAGUGUCCCUGUGGUCCUACAUUAACAGCCAACCUGAGGACUUCACCAACCCCUUCUAUGUGGACUAUGAGCACCACGUUCUGUAUCCACUGGUUUCCUCCAGACAUCUGGAGCUGUGGACCGCCUACUACGCCCGCUGGAACCCUCGCAUGAGACCACAGGUGCCGGUGCACCAGACGCUGAAGGAGCUGCUGAUGCUGAGAGCAGAGCUCCAGAGGAGGGUAGAGGAGUUGCAGAGAGAAGCAUCCUCCCGCUCCCUGUCCUCCUCCUCUGAACACUCCCCCUCACACACCACAGGGACUCCCCUGCACACCGCUGUCUGACUGAGACACACACACACACACACACACACAGAGUUAAAUGCAUGUUUUAGCCCAAUUACUAUAAAUACUGAUGUUUACAAUGUGAAGGAGCCUUUACAAAGAGAAUCCUAAUUUUAUAUUAACAUUCCUAAAAUCUCCUCAAGAUGUUUGUUAAAUAAAAAUAAAAACGUAUUUAAAGACAGUAUUAAAACUAGCCUGACACACCUGUGCUUAUUAUUUAUAUUAUUUAAAAAAUCUCUAAAUUCAGAAAGACCGGUUUCCCCUGUACUGAGGGAAUCUUACCAUUCGCUUCAUAGUGUUUUUGUUUUUGUAUGAAGAAUAACUUCUAUUUGUCUCAGGGCUCUGAUAUUCACAUGACUGCAGAAAGCUGCCAGUAACAUGGUUACCUAUAGUGUAGCCUCCCUCACACUUUUUCCCUGUUACAUGCCUCUGCAAACCAGUCAAGUUGCACUUAAAGUUUACAUCCAUGUCUGUGAAAACAUGGAUGCUUCACACACAUCUUCACCCCGACAACACAGAAGAUUCUUAGACCCUUUUGGGGCCUUUUCUUUAGCUGGAGGCAAAACACCACUCACCACCACAGGGCUGUAGGCUACAUAGGAGUCUUAAAAUGUCGUCUUGCUGUGUUAUUGGGAGCCAGAAUAGAAGAAGUCAUGGCUCAAAACUUAAAUUUUAUCACAUAUCGGCUGCCCCUGCCUGUCAACAAAAAUGAAGACAGCUAUGGUUAAAUGCUAGCCUGAGUGUCAGACUAAAGCUCCCAGAACCUUCAGUCUGACAUCGCCUCCAUUGAAGGCAGUUUACAAGGGGGAGGGAAUUUGAUUGGCUAAUCGCUAGACCUGCCCCCCACCCCCGGCGUUCAUUGGUCCGUCCAUCAUUUGGACGAGAUAAAUUGCAAAUUCAUUGCAGUAUGCCAGACCAGAGAUGCAAGCCUACUCAGUUGAGUGGGCGGGGUCUAUGGUCUGGAACCAGGCUAGUUAAAUGCCAUAAGACAAAAUGAUCGGACAGAGGUGAUCAUUAAAAUGCUUGCAUGUCCAGCGCACACUUCAUAUCAGGUUAGGGAAAAAGUAUUUACUGUUGUAGGGAUGAAUGACUUCAUGUGUAUUAAGGGUUAUUAUGUCCACCUAAUCAGAAAUUGGAAGGGUCUUAAGUAGAGAUGUACGAUACCACUUUUUCCUUCCCAAUACCGAUUCCAAUCCCUGAACCUUAGGUGUCUGCCGAUACCGAGUACCGAUCCAAUAUCAGCGCGUAAAAAAAAAAUGAAUAGGAUAUGAAUUGUUGUAAGUCUCAACUCCUAAAACUCUAUGUAAAAUAUUAAGAAAUAAAUACAUAAUAGUAGAAUGAAUGCCAUAAAACUUUUUUUAAUUAUUAUUAUCCAGUGUUGACACAGAUCAAGACACAGGUUAAAGUGCAGCCACACAAUUUGGUAAAAAAAGAUAUUUUAAAGGCUACAGUAGAAUGCUUUUUAAACUCUGCUCUCUUUCCGUUUCGUUUGCCUGUAGCGUGCGUAUGCGUGGGAGGCAUUACGUGGUAUUAGAUUGGUCACAGGCUAUACUCGCCGAUACCCGAUACCACAUUGUAGGCAGUAUCGGAGGCAUUUCCAAUAAUGGUAUCGGUAUUGGUACAACUCUAGCAGAGAUGGGGACUUGAGUCAUUGUGACUUGGAUGACUUUUGAUGACUUGUGACUUGACAAAAAAUAAAAGACUUGAGACUUGACUCGGACUUGGAAGUGAAAGACUCGGGACUUGACUUGAGACACAAUGACUUGAAUGACUUGAGUGUUAUUCACAUCAUGUUUUCGGUUAGAAUAUAAAAUUAAUAAAUUAAUUUAAAAAAUAAUGUACCUUACGUACCUUACGUGUUUAUUGGAGAAACACGCCCUCUUAUAUCAGAUAGGCAUCAACAUGUCAGCGGGAGGGGUACCAAGAGUCAUUGUCUUCGGCUUUCGGAAUUACCAUUAUUACGGCAAAAGACGAACAGCACAGUGCAAGACAUGCGGCGUAAACAUCUCGGAGAGCCAGGCGACAACUUCAAACUUUGUUUGUCAUUUGAAGAGCCAUUCUGCCCAGUAAGUGCUUGUCAAUUAGCUAAUAUUAUCUGGUUAGUCGGUAGUUAGCUAACGUUAGCUUGAUACGAUACAGGGGUUGGGUGGGGUUCGGUUUGGUGGAACUUGUUUUUUAAUUUAUUUGCUAACAUUAACCCCAGAAAAUGUGAGUGAACAUUCCGACCGGUUCAUCACAAGACCGGCUGUACGUUUUAUGAAUGAGCAACACAGGGUUAAAUGAGCUAAAUGGGUGAUUUUGGCCACUGCCUUGGUUAGUGUGUGUGUGAGUGUGUGUGUGUGUGUGUGUGUGUGUGUGCGUGUGCGCGUGCACGCAUGGGGGUCCCUGCAAAGUAAACAUUGCAGCGAUGAAGUCAGUGUUUACUGAUAGUUACUUAUAUCUUGUCUUUUCACUUUAUUAAGAUCAGAUUCUGCAGGUAAAAUUACAAUAAUAAGGUGACUUGACCUAUUACAGGACUUGACUUGAGACCUACUUGAGACUUGCACAUGUGUGACUUGGUCCCAUCUCUGAACUCCUAGUCUCAAGAGAAAUAUUGGAUUUCUCCGUAACACUAACAUUUUAGCACAUUAGCUAACAUUAGCUUCGAUAGCAAAACAAACUGGAGGAAACCGUUCAAGUGUCGUCCUCCUUUGUAAUAUUGGCACAGUAAUCAACCACAAAGCCGGCCAUCCCACCUUCAGCAAUCCUGUCAAAUCAUCCAUCCACUGAGUGAAAGCAUACGGGUCGGCCAGUCUGGGCCCUUUGGGCAAUGUUCACUUUUUUAAGUAACACUCGCAGUCCCAGAGAGUGAGUGACCUGCUAUGGUGCGUUUGUAAAUUCAGUCUGACGCUCUACACUAAAAUGAGAGCUCUGUUGGUCGGAAAAACAGAGCAUUGUAUUUCUAUAUGAAUAAACAAACUGUGAAGUUAAUCACACAUUCAGUCCUCUAUGUGCUCUGCUGCACCGUCUCCCCGGACAGAGUGCCUAGAGCACUCUGCCACUCUGAGAAUGCAGUGCUCUGAAUUUACAAAUGGUCCAGUUUGUGCCAGAGUGCACUCCAGCACUCAGAAUGGGUAUUUCUGAAUGCACCACUUGUAUCAUCUUCUUCCAUUGUCUAAAACAAGCCAAAAGAACUUGCUAGCUAGGGCUAGCUAAUUUUUUGUAGCGAGCUGUUUUGCCUCCAGCUAAACUCCGCCCACCAAAAAACUCCAUACUGUUUACUAACAGUAAAAGGGUCAAUACAGUCAGCAGUUUUAAGGUGGAUACCCAAGAUUAGUGUCACCAAUUCAGCAUCUGACCAAAUGUCUCCCCUUCUGUUCCUGAGUUAUGACCUUGAAUAUUGGCCAGAAAAGUGUUUCAUGCAGAAUAUUAUGAUGUCACAGUGAAGUUAACCUUUGACCUUUUGGAUAUAAAAUGUCAUUACCUCAGAAUUUUAUACUAUUAGUCAUUUGUGUGAAAUAUUUUCAUAAUUAGCAUAUAAAUUCUUGACUUAUGGUCAAUAACAUGUUUUGUGAGGUGACAGUGACCUUGACCCUUGACUUCUAAAUCCUAAUUAGUUCAUUGUUGAGUCCAAGUGAAUGUUAGUUUGAAAAAAAAAAUCCAUCAAGGUGUUCUUGAGAUAAUGCAUUUGCAAGUAUGAGACAGAUGAGGUCACAGUGACCUUGAACUUUGACCUGUGUCUAUCAAAAUCUAACCAGUUCAUCACUGACAUUGAGUUCAUGUUGACAUUUGUGCCGUAUUUAAAGAAAUUUCCUUAAGGCAUUGAGUUAUUACGUUUACAAGAAUGAGACAGAUGGACAACCUGAAAAAAUAAUGCCUUCUGCCACAGCUAUCACCGGUGGCAAGGUAUAAAAAAAGUGUUUUGGUUUUUUUUUGGAAUAGGAAUCACAAAAAAAUAAGAAUCACAUUUCUGAUCUCGUUAUCCCUCACCUACUUCCCACCUGCAAACACAGCGUGUUAGAUGAUCAAUAGCCCUCUUCAUUACCUUGACACUGCCUUACUGUACAUGUUGUCCUUUUAUUUUUAUUUUAUAUUUAAGUUUUUCUUUCUUUAUGUUGCCUUCCAGUCAUGUCACUGGUUCCUUGUACCCCCAAAAACAUAGAGGUGUGUAUGUCGAGCUCGUCCCAGAGAGUCAGAUUAUGUGAAUUUAUUGACUGAAAGCAGCACGUUCAUCGAACAGUGUCAAAAGAGGUGUGAAUUUAGAUGAGUACAUGUAUAUCACUAAGAUAUUUUUAUGUUUUUAUUACAGCUCAGAUUUUAUAAUAAAGAGGAAAAUACAUUUUUAAGGAAUGAUUUGGUCUAUUUUGUAAUGUUAAGGUAUUUCAAGUACAUAUCAAGUUUCCAUCCAACUGAGUCAAGUAAUUCUAACAUAAACCAAACAGUCACCAGUUAUGUAAUUAAAUCAAAUCAAACUGAGAUGAAAAUACUAUGAGAGUUUAUUUAAAUGUAGUUCAUCCAAUGUCCCUAAUUUACUUGCAUGUGUAUUUCAAAUAUUUGAAAUAUUCAAUACAUUUUAUUAAAUCAGGUAAACUCUAUAUAGUUAAAUAAAUUCUCAGUCUUUUCAUCUCAGUUUUAUUUAAUUACAUAAAUGGUACUUUUUUUUUUUUUUUUUUUACAUAUAAUUUUACAUAGAGUAAAAUAUGUAAACCAGACAAAAUAGACCAAAUAAUUCCUUUGAGCACAUGACCAGAUAUAAACAUUCCAAACACAGUGUGAGAUACAAAAGAAAUAUAUUAAACUAAAAGUUUAUGAUCAGUGAAACCAGAAAACAUUUUUGCUCAGUUUCUGAAAUGAUAGGUAGAUUAUUUCAAUGCAAUUGAUUACUGGGCUCAGUUGUCUGGAAAUCUGACCCACAAUCUGUACAAUCAAUGUAAUCUCUAGGGUUUUUGUGCUUUAGGGGAAUUUAGGCAGGUUUCAUUAUGUUAUGUAUGUUUCAUGUAUUACUUAGAAUGUGGUCCCUCGGCUUUAAAGUAACUAAUGCACAGCUGCAGUGAAAGGGGCCGCAACAGCUGUGCAAUGCCUGCCAAUUAUAAAUACAAUCAUUCGAUCAGCUCUCGGACAGUAAUACUGAGUGCUGAUCAUUAUGCCGUUAUUUCAGAAUUUAUUCACAAUAACCAGAAGAAAUAUGUCAGACCAUGUGCGGUUGCCUGACUUGACUGAGAUUCAGGAUGAAUGAUGCAGCAGAACCAAUUAAAUCUUCCUGAUUCUGGCUACCUUGGCUGUUCUCAAAAAACCGACCUGGCCUGAGAGCCCACUAGCUUGUCUGGUAGAUCGGACAUCCCAUGUACAAAGGCUCUGUCUGUGCCACACCCGCCUGCAGGUUCAAUUUCAACCCACAGACCUUUGCUGCGGGUCAUGCCCCCUCUGUCUCUUUCCCCCUUUCACUCUAACGCCUCGUUUCCAUUUUCGUAUGUGUACUGCGAUGAGUUAACCAAGAAUCCAUUCAUUCCCAUGGGAAUCUCAGAUUAUAAACUGAUAUCGGAUGUGCCUGCGAAACUCAUCCCCUCCCCUCCAUUAUAUUUCUGUCCCAAAUUUGCAUCGAGUUCAUUCAAAAAAAUUUAACUUUUUCAGUGGAUUUCACAGAAACCGUAUGACAGUGUGCUAGCUUAGCUAACAGGCUGCUAACUAGCUAACUGGCUGUUUCCUUCAGUUCAGUUGCCUGUGUUGAUUUUCAAGUGAGUUUGUUUGAUUAAAAAUAACAUGUUCAUCCAGUUUUAUCUCAUUGUGAAUCUGAGUAAUGUUAUUCUGCUAAAAUAUGGUUAUAUAUUAUUUACAGUCUGACUGUCAUUGUGACUCAUUAAGCUGUUCAUACAACUUUUUUCAUGAAAUAUUUAAAAAACAUACCAUGUACCUGGCAGGCCAACAUCUUCACUUAUUUGUUACCAUACAAUAUUUGUCUUGUUUCUGUCCCUGUAAUGUUCCAAGCACAUAUACCAAAGUGCAAGAUGGUGAAACGUGGACAAAAUUAACCUCUCCUCCAAGGCUACAAUUAGUUUCUGUCAGGUUUCUAACAAUCUGUAAAGAAAUGCUCUUCCUUGCAUCGGACACUAGAGGCAUCAUCUAUAUAUUUACAAACACCAGUCACAUAUGUAAGUGGAAACCAGGCGUAAAGCUUUCCUGUCCAAUGAAAGCAAAAUGUCACAAAAAUAAUCUUAAAAAAAAAAAAAAAAAAGUCCUGGCCC